ACGUCAUUUUCUUAAGUGCGCAGCGUCUGACCGGAAGGAAGUGGGGUGUUAGCUGACUGACGUUAGCGGGUUAGAUUUACGAAGUCGGCUACGGGUUCUAUGGAAGAGAUGUCAGGAGAGAGCGUGGUGAGCUCGGCAAUGCCGGCAGCUACAACCCGGACUACAUCCUUCAAGGGCUCCAGCCCCAGCUCCAAAUAUGUGAAAUUAAACGUGGGUGGGGCGCUGUACUACACUACAAUGCAGACACUAACCAAACAGGACACAAUGCUCAAAGCCAUGUUCAGUGGCAGGAUGGAGGUUCUCACAGACAGCGAAGGCUGGAUCUUGAUCGAUCGAUGUGGGAAACAUUUUGGAACAAUUCUCAACUAUCUUAGAGAUGGGGCAGUGCCACUCCCAGACAGCAGGCGCGAAACUGAGGAACUGCUUGCUGAGGCCAAAUACUACCUUGUCCAAGGCUUGGCUGACGAGUGUACAGCUGCCCUGCAGAACAAAGAAACGUAUGAACCCCUUUGUAAAGUCCCUCUGAUGACAUCAUCUAAGGAAGAGCAGAAGCUUAUUGCAACAGCCAAUAAGCCCACUGUCAAACUUCUGUAUAACAGAAGCAACAACAAAUAUUCAUAUACCAGCAAUUCCGAUGACAACAUGCUGAAAAAUAUUGAGCUGUUUGACAAGCUGUCACUGCGGUUCAACGGACGGGUCCUCUUUAUCAAAGAUGUAAUAGGGGAUGAGAUCUGUUGUUGGUCAUUUUAUGGCCAGGGGCGCAAGAUUGCUGAAGUUUGCUGCACCUCCAUUGUUUAUGCUACAGAAAAGAAGCAGACAAAGGUUGAGUUCCCAGAGGCACGCAUCUACGAGGAGACCCUCAACAUCCUCCUGUAUGAGUCCCAUGAUGGGAGGGGUCCAGACAAUGCCCUGCUGGAGGCCACUGGAGGUGCUGCAGGACGAUCUAAUCACCUGGAUGAGGAUGAGGAGCGAGAACGAAUUGAACGAGUUCGUAGGAUUCAUAUCAAACGACCCGAUGACCGCACACACCACCACCAGUGACCCUCCACCUUUGACCCGUCAGCCUGUGUCCCUGACCCGGGACAGUCUUUGCACCACGCUUGUGCCUUACAACACCCAGCGCCUCUCUCUCUCUCACUUCCACUCUAUAUUUUGCCAGCUUUCUCCAGGAGACUGCUUUGAGCAGAGUCAUGCAAAAGUGUGUAGUGGUGAAGUGAGUCUGUGUCCACUUGUCAUCUUUGUUGUGUGGUCCGACAGGCUGUUGUGUUUGUUAGUAAUGAUUACUACUAUCACUGUUUUCUGCUAAUGUGCAGAAGCUCAUAGACAUGUAUGUUUGCAUUCAGCUCUGCAGGUGACCCACAAUUUUACCUGUGAUGAAAACAAAAAUGAUAUUGUCAGUAUACAUUUAUCAAUUGAGAUCUUAACUAGAUUACAUCUAGCAGAACAAUGAUUAUAUCAUAUAAAAAGCAAAAAAAUAAUGUAUACAAUUUUUGAUUGUGGCCCUGUCGGGUCCGCUGUAAGGUUUUCAGUGGAUGAACCAGAUGUUGAACACAAUAGGGCCACAUGGUGGCACUGUUUUACUCAAGACUAUCAAGGCUAUUUUCUAGCCUGCAGAUACUAACAAUUAAACCUUUUAAAAUUGUAUUAAUUUUUGAUACGUGUAAGAUAUUACAGGUUGAUGCAACAUUUUACUGUAGUGCUUCUGCCACAUUUACUUUUGACAUUAUGCAUUUCCCUCUCACUCCCCUGAAUCAUGAUUGUUUUCAGCGGUGGAAACGUGAGCUGUGACCUGAGGUGUUACAUGUACUGGGUUGAUUGAAUGAUGGACGCUGAGGUUGCAGUGAACGACUGUAACCAGAGAUCUCCCUGGCAGGAAGAGAGACCUGUCUACAAGCUUUUAACAGGGAGAGAAAUUAGACCUGUCCUUCAUCGCUGCAUUCAUCAUAGAAUGUACUGUUUGCACACGAUAGGUUUAAGUUGAAAUAUGUCUAACAUCUCAGUACUUGUAGGUCUGUUGCACAGAAGUGACCAUAUAUGUACGUUUUAUAUUUAUAACUACUUUAUCACAAAUAAAUUUGUAUAAUAGA